AUGCUGGAGCGUUUAUCACGUCGCUCUCGCUCCCUACUCUCCCUGACCUUGACCACUCUGGCUCUGGCCCUCUCCAUCCUGGCUCUCUGCACCUCCUACUGGUGUGAGGGCACUCACAAGGUGGUCAAGCCCCUCUGCCUGUCUCCUGUCAAAAUGAAGAACUGUGGUCAGAACAACAGCGAGCCUUACACCACAGAGAGUCCCACUCAAAACCCCUUCAACCGCACACUGUCUCCAGCCAGGAGGGACGAGCUGGCCAAGAUCAGACAGAGGCAGCUGGCCAAUGCGGUUCACUACAUCUGGGAGACGGGGGAAGACAAGUUUGCUUUCAGAUACUUCCACACCGGCUUCUGGGAAAGCUGUGAGAAACACAGCGAUGGGGAGAAAUGCCGAAGCUUUAUUGAAUUAACUCCUGGGGAAACACAAGGUGUGCUCUGGCUGUCAGUAAUUUCAGAGUUUACAUACAUCGGCCUGCUGGGGAUGGGCUUCUUACUCAUGUGGCUGGAAGUCCUGUGCUCACAUAAAGAGAUGCACUCACUAAAAAUCAAUGCCUAUGCAGCCAUCUGUACUGUGCUAUCAGGUCUUCUUGGGAUGGUGGCCCAUAUGAUGUACACCACUGUAUUUCAGAUGACAGUCAUUGUGGGCCCCAAAGACUGGAGGCCUCAGUCCUGGGACUAUGGCUGGUCAUUUGCUCUUGCCUGGGUGUCCUUCAGCUGCUGCAUGGGGGCUGCCGUGGUCACUCUCAACUCUUACACAAAGACCAUCAUUGAGCUCCGUCGCAAACAGAGGCUGCGUUUGGAGGAAGCAAGAGCCGCCACUCACGCGCCAUCCUACGAUGAGGUGGUUCCAGGGGGCGGGCUCUACUCUGUCAGUGGCCUGCUGCAGUGCCCAGACGGCAUGAUUGACGUGGCGUGGGCCCCAAAUGGCAGUGUUGUAGGAGUGGGAAAUGGGGACGUGCCAACUUUGGUUUUAGUAGGAGGCUGCGGGCCAGAGGGGUGUGAAGACUGUGAGAGAGAGAUGGACGAGAUGGAGGACGCCAUGGACCGUGUUGAUUCACCUUGUUAA